AUGCUGGACUGGAGACUGGCAAGUGCACAUUUUAUCCUGAUUGUGACAUUGAUGCUGUGGAGCUCAGGAAAGGUGCUCUCAGUGGAUAUAGCAACAGAGGCUUUUGAUUCUGGAGUCAUAGAUGAGCAGUCACCCCCCGCAUUCAGAGAAGAAAAAUCAGCCACUGAUCUGGCAGCAAAACUCUUGCUUCUUGAUGAACUUGUGUCACUGGAAAAUGAUGUGAUUGAAACAAAGAAGAAAAGAAGCUUCUCUGGCUUUGGGUCUCCUCUGGACAGACUCUCAGCUGGCUCGGUAGAUCAUAAAGGUAAACAGAGGAAAGUAGUAAAUCAUCCAAAAAGGCGAUUUGGUAUCCCCAUUGAUCGGAUCGGUGGAAACCGACUUUCAAAUUCCAGAGGUUAAUUGAUCCCAAUCAUGCGACUUCCUUGGGUGAAAGGUCACAGCAACAUGAAAGAUGCUUCAGUGAAGUUCUUCACACUCCUUAACAAUUAAACUUUUAAGGAACUGGUCUGCAUAUUCCCUCAAAGUUUGAACUUCAGUCCAUCACAUCACAGUGUGGUUAUAACUUCAAUUAAUUUAUACAGAUUACUUCAGUGCAUGGAUUUUUAAUUACAUAUUUUAGUCAUUUAGGGCUGGCUCAUUUUCCCCCAAAUUUACCCUUCUAAAAAACAAGUACAGCAAAAUGUUUUCUCUAUGCAUUUACCACUUAACAUUUACACAGAUGAAGAAUAACUGAAGACUGAUUUGUUUCUGUAAAAUUUAGAUACAAUCUGCUCAUUAUUGGGGAAUAAGGAAAGACAUUGCUGUAUAUUUUCUCCUGAAGACUUCCACUUCUCUCUUAUCCUUUGUAAACCUUUUAAGUAAUGAUUAUGAAAUGAGGUUUGUCUUAUGUUCAGAUUUUAGUUAGUCUCAACCAACUAAAGCACAGUCCCAGUUUCAGAAAAAAGAAGCAAAAGAAGUCUCUAAGCAAGGAAAAAACAACAGUAAUAAGGACCAUAAAUUUUAUUCUUCCAAAGAACUGAGGAAUUAGCAAGUGAAGGAUAUUACUCAUUUGUAAAGUGUGGAUAGCACAUGGCCCCUAACAACUUGCCAUUUCUCUAAAUUAAAAUUGAUAAUUAAAAGCAACAGUGACUGAUUAUGAGGGAAACAACCACACAAAGAAAUAAUAACUGAAGUAUGGGGGAAUUCAGAGAAUUAACAAGUGGUAAACCACCAGAUCAGUCUGGGGCCAGUAAAGCAGACAGAAUUUUAGCACAAGAUCAUAAGCAAUCUUUUUGAUGUUACUGACCCACCUAAAACACUGUUUAAUGUUUAUUCAUACACUGUGUUUAAUAUUGCUUUAAAGAGUAUAUUGUAUUUGAGAAUGAUUCUUUAAAAUGAUUCAAAUUAUUUUUAAUUUACUUAUCA